AGAGAGAGAGAGAGAGAGAGAGAUGUAGAUAAGAGAGAGAGAGAGGAAAGGACGAUACCUUUUUCUUAGUUUUAUCCUUUCCAUUGGACAUCGGUCUACUGUAGUACUGAGCUGCAAUGUUAGCUUCAGCAGCAGCUACUCUGAAUUCUUGCUCGUUGAGCGCCUUGCCGGUCGCCGGCAGCCGCUUCCAACGCCGACUACCGGCGCCUCUAUGCUCGCCCCCAUAUCUCCCCCAGAAAAUGAUCAUUAGCCCUUGCACCACCCCCGCCGGCGGCAGCGGCGGUUGGGAAGGAACUUCCUCUGUGAAGACGGCAGUUGCAGCCGUUGAUUCCUCUGAACCGGCCGAGAAGUUGCAGCAACAGGCCACAACCAAGUAUUAUUUCGUAGUAGCAAAUGCAAAAUUCAUGCUGGACGAGGAGGAGCACUUCAAGGAACUGAUGUACGAGCGGCUUCGUUACUAUGGAGAGCGUAACAAAGAGCAGGAUUUCUGGCUUGUGAUUGAACCCAAGUUCUUGGAUAAGUUUCCUAACAUUAUCAACCGACUUAAGAGACCUGCCGUUGCUCUUGUUUCAACUAAUGGCCCAUGGAUCACGUUCAUGAAGCUAAGGCUAGACAGAGUUUUAACAGAAAGCCACGAGGCAGACAGUCUGGAAGAAGCUUUGGCAUCUAACCCUGUUGAUUUAGAGUUUGAGAAGCCGGAAAAGUGGGUGGCACCCUAUACGAAGUAUGAGUUUGGCUGGUGGGAGCCGUUCUUGCCGCCAGGAUCACAAAAGCCAAAAGCGUAGUCGUUGUGUUCUUCCUUCUCUUCCUAUUUUGUGCCCUUUUAAUCUUCCAAGUAAAUUAUAGGAAUGUGUGAUUAAGUUGGCAAGGAUAUGGAUAAGGUUUUCCAGGGAAGUCGUGUCACAGUGGCAAAGGUGGUUAGUUGAUGUCCUCCAGAGGUGAAAACUCAAGCACAACACUUAUGAUCCUGAGAGGCAUCCAUGAAUAUUGAAUGAGGAGUGCUUAUCAUCAUCAUCUCUCGAAGUAUUGAAUCCUAGUAGUUGAAGCUUUCAUAAGUUUGUUUGAACCCAUAGAGAACUUGCAAAGCAGCAUCGAUUCUACUUAAUGUGAUAUUAAUUAAGACUUCACUUGCAAAGCA